AUGAGAAUAAGAAAAACAUGGUGUACAUUAUGUCGUGAAAAUUUUGAAGAUGGUGACGAAUGCAUCCAAUGCAAAGAGUGCAAAAAGAAGUUUCACAGGGAAUGCCUGCAAGCAGAAGGAUUAAUUGAUAAUGAGAUUUUGAGAGAUAUUAAAAACUAUUUGUGUUAUCAGUGUAUGAACGAGGAUGAUGAAAUUCCCGAAAAUGAAGACAGGUGUAAAAUAUGUCGUGAAAAAUCAUCAAAUUUAAUUUUAUUACUAUGUGAUGGAUGCCCAAAUAGCUAUCAUGUGACCUGUUUGGGUCUUCCAGCAGAACCAGAGACAGAAAAAUGGUUCUGUCCUGUGUGUAAACCUGAAGAACAUAAAAAUUUAGAUGUUAGAAGGAUGAGAAAAGGAUUUGCUAUUGAUAAUAUGAAUGGUGAUCAUGUUAACUCUUCAACAUGUUAUGUUUGCCAGAGACCGGGAAAAUUACUUGGAUGUGAUUUUUGUCCUAAUUCAUUUCACCCAACAUGCUUACCUGAUCUAGAUUUUGAUAAUAUAUCUGAUCAGUGGGAAUGCCCAUGUUGCAAAAAUGAAGAUCCUUUAUUAAACCAAGGACAUAAAAGAUGGACAAAGAAUGAAAUUCAGGAAAUCAUGAAAAAAAGACAAAGAGAGUUAACUUUUUGGAGAUCCAAAAUUAUAAAAUAUAGAAAUCGAUUUCUUUUAGCACACAGAAAAGAUUUACAACCAUUUGUGAAUCCCAGAGUAUUUUCAAAUCUUACAAAAACGUUUAAGAAUGAUUUUUAUAACUCUAGAAGUAAUCAUAGUAGUAGUAGUAAUGCUUAUGGCUCAAGCAGUGGAAAUAGAAAAGUCAACAAGCACAACAAUUCGGAUAGAAAUUAUUAUAGUAAUAAUUCUAGAAAAGAUGUAGAUAUGGAUUCUAAAGAAUUCGAUGAAUAUAUUUCUUCAUUAGAAGAUGAAGCUAACGAAAAUGCAUGCAAAUUUAUUGAAUCUGUAUUUUUAAGCGUUUAUUAUCCGAAUGGAAGGAAAAUUGAAAGAAGACCUUUGGUCGAUAAUGUACAUUUAAAACCACAUCAAGAGGAUGGUGUCGAAUGGUUAUUAAAAUCGUUCCUCACAGGAGGGGCUAUCUUAGCAGAUGAAAUGGGAUUAGGUAAAACAAUACAAACAUUAUGUUUUCUGUCGUAUUUAAAAUGUAGCAAAAUUGAUGGCCCACAUUUGAUCGUUGUUCCAUUAUCCACAGUUGGUAAUUGGUUAAGAGAAAUUCAUAGAUUUACACCGCACCUUACGUGUAUAAAAAUUUGCGGAUCGAAAAAUGAAAGAACACAUGCUAAGGAGGAUCGAUUGGCUGAAAAAGGGUUGUACGAUUUAUACGUAACUACAUAUGAAACGGUAAAAAAUGAAGAGGAAUUUUUUGUAGAAACGAUUCCCAAAUGGCAAUGCAUAGUGUUGGAUGAAGCUCACAGAAUUAAAAAUCAAAGUGGGGCAAUUAGACAUUCAAUGGAUAGAGUCGUUGGUAAUAUGCGACUGUUAUUAACAGGUACACCUCUUCAAAACAACUCAGCUGAGUUAUUUACUCUGAUUAAUUUUAUGUUUCCAGAUAUAUUUAAAAAUUCUGAAAUUAUUGAACAGGCUUUUAUGAACGCAUCACAAAACAAUGCUGCUAAUAGCAGUAACAAUAAUGGGAUUACAAAUAAUAACCAAAAAAAUAAUAACAGUAUGAAAAACAAAAAUAGUAAAGAUGAUAAAAAUAAUCUGAAUGGUGGUGGUAGUGUAGGAAGCGGAUCCAAACUUAAUGUAAAUAUUGGAAAUAUAGAUCUUAAAUCUGCUAUUAAAGAAGAAGACUUAAAAUCGAUAAGAUGCUUGUUAGAUAAGAUUAUGCUGAGAAGGCUAAAAGAACAAGCCAUAACUUUGCCUAGAAAAAUAUUUCAUGAUGUGUGGUUACCUUUAGGUACACUUUCAGCACAUUGGUAUAAAAGGUUAUUAGAUAUAAGAUCCAUGGUGGAAGAAAAAGUUAGCGUAAAAAAGUUACUUGGAUUAGUUAUAAAAAUGAGAAUUAUUUGUGGACAUCCAAAAGGAAUUGUUAGUCGUCCAUCCCAAAUGGAAAAGCUAUUUGCAUUUUUUGAAGAAGAAAGUGAAGAGAUUAAAGAGCAGGUCAAAAAUGAUGCCCUAAAAUUGAAGUAUAUAUCUGGAGAAGAACAUAUCGAAUCAUCAUCGAAACUUAUAUUUAUUGAUAAAUUACUAUGCCAAUUACAUUAUGAAAAUUGUAAAUAUGUUAAAAAUUAUUCAUCAAGCUUUGAAAAACAUAAGAAAGAAGUUGCUGCGUAUAGAUAUCAUAAAAUACAGGAACAAAAUAAUGCACAAAAAAAAAAAAGAGAAUAUUCUGGUAAAUUUAAAAAAAUUGAAGCAUUGGAAAGUAGCCCAUUAUUUAUGGAAAUUCUUAAUAAAGGAAAAUUCGAAUUAAAACCAACAUCAGAAAAUGAAGAUAUGCUUAAAAGUUUUAUGCACACCGUGGCGAUUGAUAAUGAAUGUCCUUAUAAGAAAAAGAGAUGCAUUUAUGAUAAGGUUCGAGAUUUUAUUAAAAACACGGUAGCUAAUCAUAAUAACAAAUCUCUAGGAAGGAAGGAAAAAUUUAUCAAGCACCACAAUCUCCAAUAUGAUUUGUCUCAUUAUGAUUAUCGAAACAGUACGGGUCAUUGUGGAGGGAACAACAAAAAUGGUUAUGAUGAAAAUGAUCUAUCCAAUCAGGAUGAGGAUGAGGAUGAGGAUGAAGAAGUGGAAGAAGUGGAAGAAGCGGAUGAAGCAGGGGGAGACAAGAAUAGUAAACCAAAAUCGAGGAAAAAAUGUAAAAGUGACGAAAGUUACGAAGAGGAAGAAAAUGACGAAGACGUUGAAGUUGACGAUGAGGAAGAAGAGGAAGAGCAGCACAAAAGAGGCAAGAAAAUUGGUAACCAUGAUGAUAAAGACAAUGAAGAAGAAGAAGAAGAAGAAGAGGAAUAUGACGAUCAUAAUGCCAAUGGUAAUGAGCACCAUAAUUCUAGUGUCAGUGACAUUGUAAGUGAUAAUGACGACCAUAAUUCUAAUGGCACUGACAUUGUGAGUGGUAAUGAUAAUAUCAGUGACAAUGAUGACAAGGACAAUCAUAAGGGUAACAUGAAGGAAAGCAACAACACUUUGUUCGAUAGCAAUGAGGAGCAGGAGGAAGAAGAGGUGAAUGAAGAAAAGGCGGACGAAGAACGGGCAGACGAAGAAAGGGCAAACGAAGGUGAUGAAAUCGAGAGGAGGGGGGAUAAUAAUAAAGAAAAAGAUAAGGAUGAGGAAAGCCAUUCUAAUGGUAUGAAGAAGGAACCGAUUGAUAGAAGCAAGAAGAUUAUAGAUCUUGGAAAUAACUGCAAAAUGAUGAACAUAAAGGAAUUCUUUAAAACACAGAAGAAAGAGUCAUCAGGCAGCCUGGACAAAUCAAACGAACACUCAACGAAAGUAUCCGACAAGGGAGAUUCCAGAAAAACAGAUCUGGAAGACAUGAAGAAGGAGGAAGAAGAUGAUGAUGAAGAGAUGGACGAAAAUUUAUGUCAGAUGAGCAGCAGGAUGGGUAGUGAAGAGAAGGAGAAGAAAGACGAGGAAGGAUCAGAAGAUGAAGCAAAGCACGAGGAAGAAGGUGAGGCAAAAGGUGGGCCUCACAAUGGAGUAAACAAGGAAACAAAUGGAAAUGAAGGGCAAAACGGAGAUUGUAGCGAGAAGUAUAAUAAAAAAAGUAGCGAAACUAGAAAUGAUGAGAAGGAGGAGAAUGAGAGUGAGAAUAAAUCGAAUAAGGGAGAAAUAAAAAUGCAUAAGGUACUAAUUUUCACUCAAUUUCAGUUAGUACUAGAUGAACUGGAAGAAUAUUGCAAAUAUAGAUGCUGGAAAUAUAUGAGAUUAGAUGGGUCAACUAACAAGCUGAUUAGAGAAUUAGAUAUUCGUGAAUUUAACUUAAGUGAUAGUAUAUACUUUAUUUAUUUAAUAAGCACAAGAGCAGGAGGUCUAGGAAUAAAUUUAACAGCAGCAAAUCAUGUAAUUAUGUAUGAUGAAGAUUGGAACCCAUUUAUUGAUCUUCAAGCUAUAGAUAGAGCCCAUAGAAUCGGUCAGAAGAGAGAAGUAAAUGUGUGGAAAUUAAUGACAGAAUGGACAGUAGAAGAAAGAAUGGCAUUUAGAAGAGAACAGAAAUUAAAAUUAGAUAAGUUAGUUGUUCAAACACAAGAUGAUGAAGACAUGUUGGAUAAUUUUGAAGAAAAAUUAUCAUCCGAUGAAAUAAGGAAACUAAUGUUACAUGGAAAAGCAGCUAUUCAAAAUAUGAAUGUAGAAAAUACUAAUAAUUCUUCCCUGGAGUUUUUUAUUGAGCGUGGAAGAAGAAAAUUGCCUAUUAUUAAUGGAGUAGAUUUGGAAAAGGAAGAAAAGACCACUAUAGAAGAAGAAGUAAAUAAUAAUAAUAAUGCAUUAGAAGGAGAUAGUAACAUUUGUAUAAGAAAGGGUAGAGGUCGUGGUAAUGUUGAUGAUAGUGAGGAAGAAGAAGAAGAAGAAGAUGAUGAUGAUAAUAAUAAUAAUAGAAGAAGGGAUCAUGAUGAAGAUGAAAAUGGUAUAGAUAUAGAUGAAAUCAUGAUGGAUGAAGCAGAGGAAUUAGAAAUGAGACACAACAAUAGUAACAAUAUGAAUGAUAAUAGUCCACUUUAUGGAGACGGGGGAGGAAGUGGUCAACUUUAUCUUAAUAGUAGUAGUUCCAAAUCGAAAAUUGGUCUUUUAAAAGAUAACAAUAAUGCAGAAAGUACAAACGGGUCAGUAGGAGGAGGUCGAGGUGGAGCCACAGGUGAAGGACACAAUACACAAAAUUCCAGCAAUGGUGGAAUUGUAGGAGGAGUUGGAACUGGUGGUGGAUCUGACACAACUUUGUGGAGAUCAGUAAGAGAAAGGAAAAAACCACAAAAUAUGUAUACUCCAGAAUAUUGGGGUAGAAAACAAGAAGUAAAGCAAAUAAAACAUGAAUAUAGAUGUUUCAUUUGUAAUAAUACAAAAAAUUAUAAAACAAUUGUUAAAGAUAGAAAUAAUAACGAUAUUGAAAUUGAUUAUGGAGACAUGAUUAACUGUUUUAGAUGUCCAAAGACAUAUCACAAAUUAUGUGAAGGAAUUAAAGACGAAAAUGUGAAAAAAACAUGGACAUGUAGUUGGCAUGAAUGUUGUUUAUGUUUUAGAAAAUCAUCUCAAUGUGGAAAUUUAUUAAUUCAUUGUGCUACAUGUCCAACUAGUUUUUGUUACAAUUGUUUUCCACCUGACUAUGUAAGAUAUUAUGUGGGUGAAGAAUAUUAUCAUAAUUUACGACAAAGAGGUGUUAAUUUUACGCCACAGAAUUGGGUUUGUUUCUUAUGCUCUAAAUGUAAAGCUGUAGAAGAACAGAAAAAACGAAGAAAAAUGACAAAAGAAGAGAGAGAAAAUGAAAAACAAUUACAAAAAGAAUUAAGAAGUCAAUUACAUGAUAGCAAACAGGAAGAAUUAGAAGCGAAAAAAAGAAAAAGAGCACAACAAAUGGAAAGAGAUAAAUUUAUAAUCGAAAAUAGAAAAAGAAUUGAUGCAUUGGAUCAAAAGUAUGAAUUACAACUGAGAAGUGCAUAUGAAAAUCUAUUUCCUCCAAAUUUUGUUAAAGAAUUAAUGAAUCGAAUUGAACAUGCAAAAUCAUUAAAACAAAAAGGAAUUGAAGAUGAAAUAAAUAAAGAACCAAAUAAAAAAAAAUCAACAACAUUUUUACAUACCAAAUUACCAAACAAACUUUUAGUCCUAUGUGAAAAUUGUAAAUUGCCAUGUCAUGCUAAUUAUAAAUAUCCAGGACAAUGCUGUUAUCCAUUGGAAUUAGAUAAAUCCUAUUUUUAUGCUAAUUCUUCUUUUAAUCAUUUAUCUAAUAAUAAAGAUCCAACAUCACCUUCAGGUUGCAGUAGUAAUGACAAAAAAAUAGGGACAAAUAAUAAAGAUCAAUCAUCAUCAUCUUUUUCAAGUGAUUUUAAGGAAAGGACUGAAAUAAAAUAUAAUAAUGAUGAAAAAAAAUUUUCAACCCAUGUUACAACCAAAGGUGAAGAAAACGAGGGAGAUGUAGAAAAAGGAUUAACACUAGUUGUCUCUACAUCUAAAGAUAUGAGCAGUUCUAACAAAGACACUAACAAGAGAGGUCUUGAUGUUAACCCGGAUAAUUCACUGCACAUAAAAAAUGCUGUAAAGAGUAUGAAAGUAAAAGAAAAAGUAGCUGCCCAUGCUGACGUGGAUGAAGCGAACGAUGCAGACGAGGCAGAUGAUGCUGAUGAUGAAAGAGAGAGAUGUGACAAACAAAGAACUGUACUGACAAGUCCGAGUGCGAAGAGUAGUCUCUAUGAUGGUAAUAACAGCUUUGGAAAAUCAAGUGACAAUUUUGUAAAUACAAAAAUGAUCAAAUUUGAAAGGGAUUACAAAGAAGAAGAAAAUUCCAUAAACAACAGCAGCAGCACAUGCUUCGCUAAAGACGGUAGAAGGAAUAACAAGGAAGAGGAAAAAAAUCUACAUGACAAAAUACAAAGCAGUAGAAAUGUCAGGCUUGUUGAUGAAAAACAAGAGAAAUACAAUGUUGAGAAUAAAUUUAAUCACAACGCAAACGAAAACGCAAAAAUGAUGAUUAUGAAUACAAUUUUGUCAUCUGAUAACAAUGGAAAUGACGUAAAGGGAGAGAAUAAUAAUGAGAACAUUGCUUUAAGUGGUGAUACACCAAAUAGUAACAAUGAUGCAAAUUCCAAGGGAAAAACGAGAAGAUUUUUAAGAGCCGUGUGCUCAAAAUGUGGCACAGUACAGUUAGGAAAAUUAGCUCAUUUUAGAAAACAUUGCGAUAAAUUAACAGAAGAAGAAAAAAAGGAAUAUGAAGAUAAAAGAGAAAAAUUAAAGCAACUUAUCGAUUUGUUAAAUAAAAAAAAUAUACAAGAUGAACAUACACAAGAGGAAUAUAAGAAUAUGUCAGUUUUUAAAUUCAAAAGUUUGUAUAAUAACUUUCAGGAUAGGGCAGAUGACAUUUUGGAAGAAUGUAUCAGGGAGAUGAAAUGGGAUAUGUUAAUAUCAUCCAAAAAAAAAGUUCCAAAGAAAGAGAAAGAAUUUAAAAGGAAUAAUAACAGUAAUAGUAAUAUAAAUGGUGGUGGUAACAAUAACGCUGGAGGAAAUAUGGAUGAUGACAAAAAUGAGGAUAACCAAAAUAGGAGCUAUAGUGCAAUGUCCAGGUCGAGACCAAAUAUAGCCCAACUAUUGUUUAGACAUCCAUUAAUUAUGAAUUCAAAUGGUGCAAAUACAAAAGAUAUCAUAGAAAUAAAAAGUGAUAUAACAGAUGAAAUGAGAGAAAUAAUGAAUAAUGAAAUGUCAUCCAUUACUGGAAAAAGAAGAAAAUGUGUUAAGAGUAAUAAUACCGUUAAAAAAAUAAAAAGGAAAAAAAUGAAUGAAAAUAAUAUGGAAGAUUUGUCAAACAUUAGUAACACGCAGAAUGAAAAUAAUAAUGACAACAUGAAAAAAUUGAAUUAUCUUCUAAAUCCAUUUCAUGAAAAAUUAAUUAAGGAUAUACAUAAUGCUAACUUUAUUAGAGAUUCAUUUAAUGAUGAUUUUUUACUCAAGGCAAAAGAAUUUCUAAGGGUUACAAAAAAAAAAUUAAUUAACAACUCCUUUACAGAAUGUGCUGGGGGUUCUUCUUCUACCUUCACUGGGGUAGGAAAUACAGAUCCAUUAAGCUGUGUUGAUAAAAAUAGAAAAUUAAAUCAAAGUGAUAUAGAAAAAUCUAUCAUUCAAAAUUACUUAAAUAAGAUGAAAAAUUCUCUAAAAAAUAGUAUAUACUUGGAAAAAAAUACCCCUUCUAAUGAUAAUAACCUUAUGACUAACUUAGGAUAUGCAAAAUCGCGUAUAAAUACCAGUGCAAGUCAUGAAAAUAAAAUAAACAUUAAUUCCGAUAUGUAUAAAAAUACCCUUGAAAAAGGUAGCACCACCAAGUAUUGCAUAUUUUCAAAUAAAGGAUCCUCAACUAUUACUAAUCCUGGUAUUAAAGAUUUGGCCUCAGACUCCCCUUCACCUAGUAUGAAGAAAAUGGAAAAAAUAGAAAAUUUUAAUAAUAGAAAUAUUCGCAAUAGCAACAACAGUAGUAGUAACAACUACUCCAUGAAUGAUUUUAAUGUUGAUAUAUUCAAUAUUGAUAAAAAUAUAAAAUGUGAAGAUAUAGAGAAAAAGUUAUUAAACUUAUGUGCCAAUACAAAUUUAAUGAAAAAAAAAAUUUUCAAACCUGAUAAAAAUGAACAGAAUGUGGAGAGAAAUACGCCUCAAAAUGUUGAUGCUAGAACUAAUUUUCAUAUUAAAAAAAAUGAACCUCCCUGUGAACGAGUCCAUUCCAGUACUGUAGAUUACAAUGUCGAUUAUGAUAUUAAAAAAAUAACUAAUUCUUCAGAAGCCUGUGGAAGUAAUAAGGUCCAAGAGUACAUACUCUAUCGAAGGAAAAAACCAAGUAACAGUUCCAGUGAUAUGGGAGAAAAAAUUACGACAAGCACGAAAAAUGCUAGUGGGGAUAGGAACAACACUUCUGUUGACAAAACUGCUACCAUUACAAAGAGUGCAAGCAAUUCGAAAAACAUUGGCCAAAUGAAAAUAUCAAGUACCAUAACGAAUAAGAGUAAUGAUAAAAAUAGACAUAGCAAUAACAUGGGAAAGUCAUACGAUGAUUGUAUUAUCAGUCGAAGUAAUUCGAAUAAACCUGAUCCACAAGCAAGUAUCAACAAAAUGGGUUUAAGCAAUAAUGAUAACAUUUUGCAGCAUCUAAAUUUAGAUGAUGUGAAAAACUUUUUAAUGAGUGCAGAGAGGAGCAAAAAUGAUAAUAUUCCACCCGAAAUUAACUAA